CAUGUAGGAAUAGACUAUGGCUUGGACCCGAGAAAUGUUGCGGCGCGCCGAAUUCGGUAUGCUUGGUAUCCUGACGAACAUGGAGAGCCGUCGAGGUUGACACCGUUUCUACAAGAAGAAUCCUUAUAAAUACGGAGGGACCCUCGUCCACGUUAACUCUUUUUACUUAUCAAACCCACCAAAACGCUUUCCAUCGACCAAUUCUUCAACUACCACCUCGCUACUAUGUACGCGCGCUCUCUCCUCACGUUUUUGCUGCUCGCCUUCUGCGCUUUGACCAGCGUCAUGGCCGCCCCUCAACCCCACCCCUCGACGGACAUCCUGUCAGUGACCUCGCCCAAGUUCAACUCCGUCUACAAGGUGGGCCAUAAGGUGCCUGUCAAGAUCUCGAUCGUCAACGGCACCAAGAGCGAAUUCUACAAGAAAAACCCCAAAGUGGAGCUGUACCUCCAGAAGAACAUCCAUUUGCCUCUCUUGAACGUCCACCUCGGCUCUGUCCGUGCUAGGACUCUGCACAAGGACGGCUUCGAGUUCAAGGUCAAAGCCAAGUACCUGAUCAAGGAGCAGUCCAAUGUCCCCUUCCGUGUCCGCGCCUCCUUUGACCUUGGCGCCCGCAGUGGUUUCGUUGAUUCUCCCUCGUUCAAGUUGGUCAAGUAAAUAGCAAAGCUGAACUCGAAAGCAAGAAGGCAAUAAAAAAAAGCUCCUCAACCACACGAUUCUAGUCA